UAAGCAACCCUCCAUUUUUCUUCUUCUUCUUCUUCUUCUUGUGGGUUGUGUUCGUUAUGUGUAGCCUCAUUUCCAAGUCACACUGCCACGUGGGACAACUCCCUUUACCACCGCUUCAUCCAGGUAAGUCAGAGUAUGGAAUUGCGAAGGUGAAGAUGAGUGGGAGAAUGGGUGUGGUGUGUAUGGGGAUGUUGACACCCAGAAAAUUCAUGCAGAGGAGGAAGAAAAUGGAAGUUUUCAAGGAUGACGCCGACGAAGCUGACCAGAAAAAUUGGAGGAGAGUCAUGAACGAAAUCGAUGAGGCCGGUUCUGCUGUUUCUGUGCUCUCUUCUGAGAAGAUAAAAAACCGCACUAUUCCUAAGGACCUUGUCAUUGGUACAUUAAUUAGAUUUAAACAACUCAAAAGGUGGAACCUUGUCAUUGAGAUUCUUGAAUGGCUUCGGACUCAAAACUGGUGGGAUUUUAGUAAGAUGGAUUUCGUCAUGCUUCUCACAGCUUAUGGAAAGUUAGGAGACUUCAAUGGUGCCGAGAAGGUAUUAAGCUUGAUGAAUAAGAAGGGUCAUCCACCAAAUGUAGUGUCUCAUACUGCACUUAUGGAAGCAUAUGGAAAAGGAGGCCGAAUCAAUAAUGCGGAAGCAAUAUUUCGUAGGAUGCAGAGAUCAGGCCCUGAACCUUCUGCUUUAACAUAUCAGAUAAUACUUAAAACAUUUGUCCAGGGGGACAAGUUUAAGGAAGCCGAAGAAGUAUUUCACAAUCUACUGAAUGAUGAAAAAUCACCUUUGAAACCAGACCAGAAGAUGUUUAACAUGAUGAUUUAUAUGUAUAAGAAGGCUGGAAGUUAUGAAAAGGCUCGCAAGACAUUUGCACUGAUGGCUGAACGGGGAAUUGAACAAUCUACAGUGACAUAUAAUAGCUUGAUGUCAUUUGAAACAAAUUACAAGGAAGUUUCAAACAUAUAUGAUCAGAUGCAAAGAGCUGAUCUCAGACCUGACGUUGUGAGCUAUGCCUUACUCAUUAAUGCUUAUGGGAAGGCCAGGAGGGAGGAAGAAGCACUAGCUGUAUUUGAGGAGAUGCUUGAUGCCGGUGUCAGACCAACUCGGAAGGCUUACAACAUUUUACUUGAUGCAUUUUCUAUAUCGGGAAUGGUAGAACAAGCUCGGACUGUAUUUAAGAGCAUGAGAAGGGAUAGAUACAUGCCAGAUCUUUGCUCAUACACUACCAUGUUAUCAGCUUAUGUUAACGCACCAGACAUGGAGGGGGCUGAGCAGUUUUUCAAAAGAUUGAUACAAGAUGGUUUUGAGCCUAAUGUUGUCACGUACGGAACCUUAAUUAAGGGGUAUGCUAAGAUAAAUGAUCUUCGGAAGGUAAUGGAGAAAUAUAAGGAAAUGCUUAAGCGGGGUAUCAAGGCCAAUCAGACUAUUUUGACCACUAUCAUGGAUGCAUAUGGAAAAAAUGGAGACUUCGACAAUGCUGUUCAUUGGUAUAAGGAAAUGGAGUGUUGUGGGGUUCCUCCUGAUCAGAAAGCUAAAAAUGUCCUUCUAUCUUUAGCAAAAACAGACGAAGAAAGGAAAGAGGCUAAUGAGCUUGCAAUGCAUUCCAAUGAAAAAAACAAUUUACCUAAAGUUAAUGGCGUUGUUGGAUUUGUUGAGGAGGAGGAUGAUGAUGACGAUGGGGAAGAAGAUAAUUAUGAAUCUUUUGAUGCCCAGCUGGCCAGGGCUUAUGAUGAACAAUCCGGAGUGAUAAGUUGAUAACAAACAAGUCCUGGAAGGCCUAGAUACUACAAAUUUUGUACACUUGCCAAUUUAGUGACUUUGUAUUGUGUGUGUGGUACUAAUUGUAUUAGCAAGCAAUUGAAAGUAUUUAAACUUGACAUAAUAAUACAUCAAAAAAUGCUAAAGGAAUUCAGCUGUGUAUUGCAAAGGGAAAAUGAAGAUGUCUUUUAUGCCUCACGAGUCAUCGUCCAUUUGUGAGUUUUUUUUUACCGAUGCCAAAUUAGCAAAACUCGUAAUACAUUUAGCUUACUGGGUUAGAAAAAAAAUUUGGAAAUGAGGAAGAAUUAAUUUUCUUUUUAUCCAGAAAUUUCACUAAAUUUCGGUCUAGACUCUAGAAUAUUACUUUUUUUUUUAUUAUUAUUGAAAUU